CCGAGCUUGCUCCAGAAGAGCGCGAACUGAGGAGCCGGAGAGAUCGGCGAUCGGCGGGAAACAGAGCCGAUACCUAAGUUCGCGGUGGUCCGCGAAACAAUGAGCCACCUUGAAGUAUGAGUAACGAGGAAUCGAGAAAUCAGCCCGAUCGCGCGUCGAUCGAUUUCGAUCGCGAGGCCAGAAACCGGCUAUCUUCGAGAGAUGUGACUCGUGCGACAACGUGCUCCGGGACGCGAUCAAAUGAAAAAUCCGCGAAAUGGUGAAUCCAAUUGAUCUUGCUCGCGAAUACAGUUGGAUACAGUAAGGAAGUUGAUCUGUCAGUGAAAGAACGAUUAGACAACGUCGUAUCGCGGCCGAGCGUUCCUUAGCGAUAUAUCCGGUACGCGCGUGUCUCUCACCAUUAAAAAGAACAUCGGCAAGACGUAUAAAGAACGAGAAUUGAGAAUUUACACGAUUAAACAAAAUUGGUGAUAUCUUACAAUUCUUUGUGAACUUAAAACGUAGAGGUAAAUGCGCGUGAUGUCACUUAACACGCAGACGAUUAUGCGUGCGGUCUAACGAGAUUAAUCAAGACAUCUCACACUUUUUAAUUUUGGACUCGUUUCGCAGCCGGGCUCCUAAAGAGCACGUGUGUAUUUCGUAAUUAGUGGAGUCAUGAUGUUCGGGAUUUCUAAUGAUUAUCGUUGCAUCGAAGUUAAAUUGGACUGUACGAGGAACUGCAGUGAAACCUCCCUAGCGAGGGGCGAUAUCUAACGCUUUAAAGGAGAAGUGAGAUUAUCUACGCCACUUCUCUUAUAAGCACAUUAAUGCACGUAGAGCUUCAGAAGCUCUUCCGUGCGUAGAGACACGUGUUUAUAUGUGUAUUAUGAAAAUGGCGAAAAAUGAAAACGAACAAGAAUACAAUACACGUCCAUCAAAAUCACGAAGAAUAAUGAGAUGCAUAUCACUAUAUGGAAACGUGUUUAAUAAAACAUAGCGAAAACUUAAAAAAUACGCGUCGCUGAUCUUUUUAUUCUUCUCACGUCUUCAUAUCGCGUCAGAAAUUCAACAAAAUGCGGAUCACGGCAAGCGCGUUGAAUGCGACGAACGCUGGAACUACUUUGCCGUGAGAUACGUUGCGGUUGGGAUAUUCCAAGUGAGACUUGAUGUAACACUAAAAUGCGGAGGGGUCGGUUAUCUGAAUCCCGCGAGCAGUUGCGAGUGACUCGUUCUUCCUCUCGCGUAACUGGCCGUAAUCCGGAAAAUGCAUCGCGACGCGCAAUAAUUAGAUAGAUAGCCCCCCGUCGAAAUAAAAGUGUAACGUGCUCCAGGGGGACGCGAUGGCGUCGCGGACGAGAAAGCGGUGGUGCGCGAAUGGUGUUUUAGUGCGAUUAAUGCUGAUCCUGUCGGGUUUGUGCGCGGGUCAUUGCGCGGAUAUCGGCUUGAUGACGACGCCGACGAGGGCAUCGACGACGACGACAACGGGGACGGGAAUGACGACGGGAACGACGACGGAAACGACGGGGACGAUAAUGACGACGACGACGCCGGCUGGUGGCUCCAGGGAAUGUAUCGGCGGGGGUAUGCGAAUGGUGCAGUCCAGAAACGAGGUAAAGCUGGCGGUGAUCGCGCCGGGCGAUCCUCACCACGAGCAGAGCCUGAAGAGGGUGUUACCGGCAGUAUUGCUGGCUGUGAAAUACGUCAGCUCACCCAGGGGACCUCUAUACGGAUGGAACAUCAAGGUGGACCAUCGUGACUCGCACUGCUCCAGCACUUACGGGCCCUUGGCCGCAUUCGAGUUUUACAUCAAUCAGACAGCAGACGCUUUUCUGGGUCCCGUAUGCGAUUACGUGAUCGCGCCCGUAGCCAGAUACGCGGGGGUAUGGGGCAUACCCGUGCUGACGGCGGGCGCGCAGGCGGAGGCGUUUCGUCACAAGGGCGAGCAUUACCCGACGUUAACCAGGAUGAUGGGCUCCCAUCGUUUGGUGGGCGACGCGUUCAGACAUAUCCUACGGCGUUUCGGAUGGAAAAUCUGCGGUCUGCUGUUUCACAAUCACGAGAUGGCCAGCAGCAGAGGCAAUUCCGAGUGCCAUUUCACGCUGAGCGCCGUAUUCACGGCGCUCAAUCAAACGCCGGUGCACAAGAGCUUCAACCAGGAGACCACCACCGCCGAGGAUUACAGAAACCUGCUCAGCUUCGUCUCGAAAUCCGCACGGAUCGUGGUGAUGUGCGCUAAUUCAACGACCAUCCGGGAAAUAUUGCUGGCUGCCGAGGAGCUCGGGAUGGUGGACUCAGGGGAGUACGUGUUCUUCUCCAUAGAGCUCUCCUCCAGCGACAAUGAUUCCAAAGAGCCAUGGAGAGUCGAGGGCGAUACCGACGAGAGGAACGAGAAAGCUCGGAAGGCUUAUCAGGCCUUGUUAACGGUAACAGCGCGCACCCCGGACAACCUAGAGUACCUGAAUUUUUCGCGCGAAGUUAAAUCCUUGGCUCAGAGCAAAUACGACUUCACCUUCGGUAAUAGCUCGGUCUCCACCUUCGUGACGGCGUUUUACGACGCCGUGCUGCUUUACGCCCUCGCUCUUAAGGAGAGUCUGCCGGAGAAGCCGGGUGAGGUCAACCUAGACGGCGGUAAUCUGACCCGGAGAAUGUGGGGAAAGAGUUUCAAGGGAAUAACUGGCGAUGUAAACAUCGACGAGAAUGGGGACAGAAUUGCGGAUUACUCUUUGCUGGACAUGGACCCGGAAACAUCCAGAUUCGAAAUUGUGGCCAAUUACUAUGGUGCGAAUAAAACAUUGGAAUAUAUCCCUGGGAAGCAAAUUCACUGGGCCGGUGGCCGUUUAGAACCACCCCCGGAUACGCCUACUUGCGGAUUCGACGGGUCGUUAUGUCCCGAUAAUUCUCUUCCGGGAUACGCUAUUCUCUCCAUGGUAUUGAGCUCCAUCGUGGUCGUUCUCGUCGUCGGUUCAGUAUUUAUUUAUCGGCGCUUCAAACUAGAAGCGGAAAUUGCCUCCAUGACGUGGAAGGUGCAUUGGGACGACGUAAUCGUGAUACCUAGCGCGAAGACAAUAAGGGGCUCCAUGUACUCCCUAAUCGCGAAAGGGUUUCGCGGUAGUCAAAUGACGAUUUAUUCUGAGGAUAACGCAAGUCUGCCAGACGGAGUUGAUAGAAACGACAAUGUCCCGACAGGAUUUUACAAGAACUCAAAAGUCGCUAUAAAACUGAUACCGAGGAACAAAGUGGAGAUCUCAAGACCUUUAUUGCUGGAGCUAAAGCGGAUGAAGGACCUCCAGCACGAUCAUCUUGUACGAUUUUACGGUGCCUGUCUCGAGCCGCCGCAUUGUUGUCUCCUAACCGAAUACUGCCCCAAAGGAUCUCUCCAGGAUAUACUAGAGAACGAGCAGCUGAAGCUCGAUCGCGUGUUCAGAGGAUCCCUGAUACACGAUAUCGUGCGCGGCAUGGCGUAUCUCCAUGCGUCGGAAGUGAAGAGUCACGGUAAUCUCAAGUCUUCGAACUGCGUCGUCGACUCACGAUUCGUCCUGAAAAUCGCCGACUUCGGCUUACACGAGCUGAGAAGGAGCGCGGAUGGGGAUGAAGACAGCGACCAAAACAGCUACGCUUAUUGGAGGAAACAGCUGUGGACAGCUCCGGAGCUGCUGAGGAUGGAGAUACGACUGCCCGAGGGCACUCAGAAAGGCGACGUGUACAGCUUCGCUAUAAUCGUUCACGAGAUCGUGAUGCGCCAAGGGCCAUUCUACUUGGGAGACAAUAACGAACUCUCUCCAAAGGAAAUAGUAGAAGGUGUCAGAAGAGGUGGCAGUUCACCCUUAAGGCCUGUAAUCGACGAAGCUUCCGUUGAAGAAGAGGUAGCUACUUUAAUGAGACGAUGCUGGGCGCAAGAUUCCGCGGACCGACCGGAUUUUCCUGCGCUGAAGCAGACGAUUCGUAAAAUUAAUAAAGACUAUGAGAGCAGCAAUAUCCUGGACAAUUUACUAUCCCGUAUGGAGCAGUAUGCCACGAAUUUAGAAACCCUGGUGGAGGAACGCACGGCCGACUAUCUCGAGGAGAAACGUAAAUGCGAAGAACUUCUCUACCAGUUACUACCAAAAUCAGUGGCGUCGCAAUUGAUUCUCGGGCAAAGCGUAAUCGCCGAGACGUACGACCAAGUGACAAUUUACUUCAGCGACAUCGUGGGCUUCACGAGUCUGUCCGCCGAGAGCACGCCUCUGCAGGUGGUCGAUCUGCUGAACGACCUUUACACGUGUUUCGACUCCAUUAUCGAGAACUUCGACGUUUACAAGGUGGAAACGAUAGGGGAUGCUUACAUGGUCGUCUCGGGAUUACCAGAGAGAAAUGGCAUGAAUCACGCUAGAGAAAUUGCGAGGAUGAGUUUAGCCCUCAGGGAUACGGUAUUGACAUUCAGUAUUCGCCAUAGACCACACGAGCAAUUAAAACUUCGUAUUGGCAUGCAUUCUGGACCAUGCGUGGCCGGCGUGGUAGGUCUCAAGAUGCCUAGAUACUGCCUGUUCGGCGAUACGGUCAACACAGCAUCCAGGAUGGAGAGUAACGGAGAAGCUUUGAAGAUCCAUGUCAGCCCGAAGACGAAGGAAAUCCUGGAUACCUUUGGUACAUUCGAACUCGUCUGCAGAGGAGAAGUCGUAUUAAAGGGUAAAGGUCCGAUGACAACUUAUUGGUUGAUGGGCGAGAAACCAACGAACAACAACAUUCAACAGGCAAAUCCCACGACGACAAUCGGCCAAGUAUCGAUUCCUAUAGAUCAAUCUCCCGUCACCACGCAAAUUCAGAUGACGCAACCAAAGCAACAGGAGCAACGGGCGCUCUCCUGCGUCAGCCAGCAGCAGCACAAGUUUCAGGGUCAGUCGGACCAGCCGUAUCCGACCCAGCAAUCGAUUCAGUCGAGGAGUCAGGAGCCAGCGCGGCAGCAGGGACAUCCGGGUCAACAGAGACCGCAGGAAUCGCAGCACCAAGGUUUAAUGACCGCUCAAUCGCGGUGCCAAACGGUCCCGACCAAUCCAUCGUCGACCACGAACCAGAUUCAGGGUCAGAGAUCCACGACAAUUAAUCCCGCCUGCGGUCUCGCCGGCGUGACUGGAAACGGCACGCCGAAAUCGGUGGUCGCGUCACGUACCAUCGUCGCGACGCCGAUCGGCAACUCCUCGCCGUCCCGCAACCGCGCGAGCGGACCGCCGAGUGCGAACAACUCCGUGCACCAGGUAUACCCGACAGCCGAGAGUAUGCCCAAUCAUACCGAGAGUGGUCCCAAUGCGCCGCUUCUGCUACCCGCCGGCGCGGUCCCCAGAGUCUAGCUCUUCUAAGGUGUCCUCCCGGUGACGUCCGCCUUGCCAAUUAUCGAGCCUCCGAAGGACAUCGUGGAGCAACCAAGCCGAUCAAUGCUCGGGUUCACUGAUACGAAACAUGAUUUUGGUCGAAACUGAUCGAAACUGAUGCGAAAAAAAAUUAGAUAACCGGACGAACGGACUUGGACGUGAGGACGACGGAAGCGAAGGAUUCAUCCAUCAUCCUGAUCUACCAAAGCUUUUAAAAUUUAGAUUCUUCGUUUCGGGAGUAAUCAAAGUGAUUUGUGAACAUAUCGUGGCAACAAUUGUCUUCUAUCAGAUUUACGAUAAAGGUGCUUCUCUUGAAUUAAUUAACGUUAGUUUCAACGACGACGUUUCUUGAUUUCUAGAAAGUGUCUGUUAAAUUAGGAUUCUAGAUAAUUAAAUAGUGAAAGGUUUGCUUUUGGUACCAUAAAUCCUGACUGUUAUUCGCAUUUGCGAUAGAUAUAGCUGACAAGGGACCGACUCCAAGUUCGCUGAAAGUGAUCUCUUCCUACAAGGUAUUAUGGAACCAAUGUUUACCGAUUAACGCAAUUUAGAAUAAAUACGAGUAUCGCGUAUGAGUUAAUCGCGCGAUAAGGAUGGACAAUGAGGAUCGUCUGAUUGGAUGAUCCGAAUCCAGAACUAGAGAGGAAGGAGCAAUUAAUUAUAGAGAGGUACACGACCGGGGCGACGUACUUUUGCCGAAGGUACUUACAGCCUUCCGUAUAUGGACACUGCAGUAUUAUACCGGUCGUGUGUGUGUGUGCAUUUUAUUUAUUCGUACCAAAGCGAGAACACUCGCAUUUCCCGUUUACGCGCGUACG